AGGGUCCGACACCGAAGAAAAAAAAAAAAAAAUGGUGGUCCCUUUGGCAGCAUGAGGUCCCUGAGGAUGGAGAGGGGUAUUCAACGAGCCUUCAGGAGCUCAAGAUUCUGCAGGUGGUUCUCCAGCUGGAUCUCGCAACUGGGAAGGCACAGGCAUGCGGUCGGAUGUGGAGUCAAUGAGCAAUGUUUCCCAGGUGGGUAUGAGUCCUGCUCGGACAGUGGCUGGAGAUGAUGAACAAUUGACAGAGGAAUCGGUGGAGGAGGAGACCGCUGCUGUGGAGAGUUCCGCUAAGCCUGCAGAGGAGUCAGUGGGCGACAAGACUGCUUCUGGUCGCGACAUGGCACAGUCGCAGAAUGUACAUUUGCAGUCCUCGCCCGCUGCAGAUUUGCAUGCCUCAAGUAUGGCUUCUCUGGGCAAUGGCACGGACAAGAGGGGAGGCGAUGGAAGCAAUCGGAUCCCUACCGUCAACACGGUAACCCCCAAAUCCCAGCCGGCUACUGAAGGAUCUCGCCAAGUCACAGAACGUACAUCAAACUCGCAUGACAGAACAGUGAAAACCAGUCCUCAAGAUCUGAAUCGGCCCCGUCUCAAUUCGAGAAGUAGCAGGAUAGAGGCUCUUUUAAAUGAAACCUCUGAGGCGUCUGAAGAGAGGCCUCACGCUGGGUUCUCCUCGGCACGCCAGGCAGCGGUGGGGACAGAUAAAGAGUGGGGGUUGGAAGCGUUGUCGAGUGCAAAGUCGCUGCCGCCUGCCGAGAAAAGCAGCCGUCCACAUUCUGCAGUGGCCAAGAGGCGGAGAAGCUCGCCAAGCAAGUUGGUCUUUUUGGCGGAAUCGGCUCUCCACCCGGACGAAGACUAUGCCGCUGUCCGCAAUGUUCGUGCCGGUCCCGAUCAAGCUCAGCAGAAUUCAGAGUCUGGUGCUGGUGUGGCACCUGUGAAACCUACGCCCCCACCCGACAAUUCAAAGCCUGGUGCUGGUGUGGCACCUGUGAAACCUACGCCCCCACCCGACAAUUCAAAGCCUGGUGCUGGUGUGGCACCUGUGAAACCUACGCUCCCAUCCGGCCACAACCACACCAAUGCCCUGCUUAAGGAGGAGGAGCAGCAGCAGCAGCAGCAGAGCAAGUCGCCAGACGAGGAGGAGAGGGCGACUGCAAAGACUUCGCGCUCAAACCGAGAAAGUGGAACCUCAGGUGGUGGCGGGGAUGGCGACGCGGCACAUAACCAGGAUAUGGUGGAGCCUCACGAAAACCUCGAGAUAAAUCCCUCCCCAACUGCUGAGGCUGAUGCCGGUGGCAAUCACAAUGACAGUAAGGAUGAUGGCGGUGACGGUGAUGUUGAGAGUGAUGACGGUGGGGCAGCAGAUGAGGAUGAUGAGGAUGCUGACAACGCUGACGAUGACGACAGCCAAAAGGCAGACCAGAAGACGCCAUCAAAGGGGGCUAUUCCCGGUAAUCCCCCCACACCUGGGCGGGUGGUUGUCAAGCAGGGGAAGAGGGGCGGAGGAAAGGGAACAGCAUCCCAAGGUGGACAAAGCGGGAGAACUUCGGGUAAGAGAACAGCGAGACGUAGCAAUGCAUCUUCUCGAAAAAGUCGUCGCAAGGCGGAAAACAAAGAGGCAGCUGAGCUUGAGGGCAAGGAGGAUAGCCGCGAACCGGGUCGUCUGGUGGAUGAAGGUGCAACUUUCAGAGAUCCUAGCACCCGGAGGACAACCCAAAAGUCCUCCUCUCAAGGCACAGAAAGUACGACCGAAUCUGAGAGUGCUCCUCCUCACCGGCAACAGGAAGAAGAAUCUGGCAGUGAGAAGUCGUCACAAGAAGGAAGUGGAAGUCCCACAGGUUCCAGUAGAGAGGACAAAACUGAUUCGCAUAGCAACAGGAAAAAGAUGAGAAAAGACAAAAAGCCACCUGCUGUGAAGAAGGAAAGGACGUGGGGUAGAGCUGUCACUGAAGCAGAUAACUCGGCGGGCUACUCUCGACGUUUCAAGAAAUUCUUUUUCUAUUUGUAUUGAUUUGAUUAUUUGAGAAUGAUUUUUCUUGUUUUUCUAGAAUMAUAGAGUCUAUGGUAUAGAAAUAGAAAAAAAAAAAGAUUGUUGUCUAUUUUCUAUUAGAAUCAAUGAUGUGUUAAUCA